AACAAGCCAUCAUCAUCAUUCAUUCAUUCAUUCAAAACUCAAAACCAAAUUAAACCAGAAUGCCAAAUCAGACUACAACUGUUCUCCACGACGAUGACAAAAGAUAACACCACCACCGGACCACCGUCCACACCCUCCCGGAGACUCAACUUCCUCGGUUGUUUCGGCUUUUCCGGCGAGAAUAUGAAUAUACAACUCACAGAUCAUAAACUCAACUCAACCAGCCGGCGGCGUAGCCGGAUCUUUAAGUGGAGCUUCAGUUGCAAGAAGUCAACAACUACCAAAACAGUUCACGUUGACUUUAACACCGUCAGUUCCAAAUCGUUAAACGCAGCUCCGGUGAAGACCGAUACAACGUGGGAAAUUCAGGUAGUGGAAGAAGAUGCAACGUUGACUAAAAAACACGUGAUCAUGGUGGACACAAAACAUGUUCCGGUGGCAUCCGAGGAGGCGAAAACAUGUCGGAAAAAGUGGACAGAUGUCGUCAAACGGCAAAACGGGUCAACCCGCCGGAAAGAAAUGAAACCGGUAGCCACGUCAGCUACCGUUGAAUUAAAAACAAGUGUGAUGAUGGAUCAAAAUAAUGAAAAUAUUGUAAAUUCAAAUCCGUCCUCUUUGAAACCUUUGACUCAUUCAAUAUCUCUGCCGGCAAAAAGUAAGAGGCGGAAACCUACGAAAGUUGACAAAGGAGUUGUGGGUAAAACGACGUCGUUGUCGUCGGGUGGGGAGUUUGACUCGAUAAUUGGUAUGACAAUAUUACUCGUGAUAUUGGUGAUAAUGGUGUUAUGGGGUAAGUUAUGUGCUAUUAUUUGUACUUGUGCAUGGUUUUCGGUUGCGCCGCGAUUGGUGGCGGUUGGGGAACGGUCCGCGGUGGCUACGGUGGAGGGACGGUUGCCGGAAAUGCAGAAGAAGGUGAAUUUGGAGUCGGUGGAGUAUAAGAAAAAGGUGGUUUUGGAAGGACUUCUUCAAAGGAACCACCGGAAUGUUGUUGGGCGUUUGUAGGUUAUAAACUUAUGACAAAUUAUAAUCAUGGUUUUUUUAUUGAUUUGUUUUUCUUUUUGAAUUUUCGGAUUAAAUUUUGGGUUUUUUUUAUAGGUUUAAAGGAUGUCGUAAAUACACUGUUUUUGAACUUGUGUACUAAAGAUGAUUUUGACAAUCAACAUGAUUGUUCAUGUUCAUAGUGUUAAGGGAUGUUUGUUUCAGCUCUUA